AUGGGCGCAGCGGCACCUGGAAAACCCCAGAAGGGGAAGCCUGGAGUCAUUGCCGUCCCUGUGGAGCUCCUGGAGGCCCCGCCACCCCUGAAAGGGCCCCUGCUGGCACCGCCUCCCCUAGGAGGGCCCCUUGGGGCACUGCCACCUUUGGAAGGGUCCCUGUUGUUGCCCCCGUCCCUGCAAGGGGCCCUAGGGAUGCUGCCAAACAUGGGAGGGCCCCUGGGGGAGGUGCCACCCCUGGGAGGGCCCUUAGGGGCGCUGGCGCUUCUGGGAAAACCCCUGGCGGCGCAACCGACCCUGGGUGGGCACCUGGGGGCACCACCGUGCCUGGGACGCCGCUUAUGGGCGCUGUCGCCCAGGGGAGGGCCCUUGGGGUCGUUACCGCCUCUUGGAGGGCCCCCGUCACUACUGGGAGGGCCCCUGUGGAUUACCACGCCCCUGGAAGAGACCCUAACGGCUCCGCCACCCCUGGGAGGGCCCUUGUGGGCGCAGGGGCUCCUGGAAAAGCCCCAGAAGGGGAAGCCUGGGGUCAUUGCCGUCCCUGUGGAGCUCCUGGAGACCCCGCCACCCCUGAAACGGCCUCUGCUGGUGCCGCCUCCCCUAGGAGGGCCCCUUGGGGCACUGCCACCUUUGGAAGGGUCCAUAUUGUUGCCCCCGUCCCUGCAAGGGCCCCUGGGGAUGCUGCCACACAUGGGAGGUACACUGGGACCGCCACCGGCUCUGAAACGUCCCCUCGGGCGCCAAUGGGAGGGACCAGGGCCCAUGGGGGAGGUGCCACCCCUGGGAGGGCCCCUAGGGGCGCCGGCUGUUCUGGGAAAACCCCUGACGGCUCAACCGGCCCUGGGCGGGCCCCUGGGAGCGCCACCUCCCGUUGGAGAACGCUUGGGGGCGCUGUCGCCCAAGGGAGGGCAUUUGGAGUCGUUACCGCCUCUUGGAGGGCCCCCGUCACUACUGGGGGGGCCCCUGUGGAUUACCACCCCCCUGGAAGGGACCCUAACGGCUCCGCCACCCCUGGGAGGGCCCUUGUGGGCGCAGCGGCACCUGGAAAAGCCCCAGAAGGGGAAGCCUGGGGUCAUUGCCGUCAAUGUGGAGCUCCUGGAGGCCCCGCCACCCCUGAAAGGGCCCCUGCUGGCACCGCCUCCCCUAGGAGGGCCCCUUGGGGCACUGCCACCUUUGGAAGGGUCCCUGUUGUUGCCCCCGUCCCUGCUAGGGCCCCUGGGGAUGCUGCCAAACAUGGGAGGUACACUGGGACCGCCACCGGCUCUGAAACGUCCCCUGGGGCGCCAAUGGGAGGGACCAGGGCCCCUGGGGGAGGUGCCACCCCUGGGAGGGCCCCUAGGGGCGCCGGCUGUUCUGGGAAAACCCCUGGCGGCUCAACCGGCCCUGGGCGGGCCCCUGGGGCUUUCCCUACCCCGUGCCUGGGAUGCUGCCACACAUGGGAGGUACACUGGGACCGCCACCGGCUCUGAAACGUCCCCUCGGGCGCCAAUGGGAGGGACCGUGUGUACACCAAUACCCCUCGGGGGGCCCCUAGGGGCGCUGCAACUGAUAUGGCAAAUGGGAGGGCCCCAGGGGGCACUGUCUCUUUAG